CCAUCUUUCAUUGCCCAAACUGAAGCUUUAGACCAAAGAACCUCUCCACUCUAAAAAAAAAAAUAAAAAAAUAAAAAAAUAAAUAAGGUCACCAAUGUCGUCCUCCGAGUGGCUGCCGACGGAGGUCCUCAUCCCUUUCCUCCCGAACGACGUCGCACUCAACCUUCUGGCACGUGUACCAAGACAAUACCACCCAAUCCUCUCGGCGGUGUCGAAGCCCAUCAGGUCCGCCGUCUCCUCCCCACAUUUCUUCAGCCUCCGAUCACUCCUCAACGUCACCGAGACCGUCCCCUACCUCAGAGUCCGAGCCUUCCGCGGAAUCCACGAACGCCCUUACGACAACUGGUUCGCCGUCCACCGAAACCCUAACCCUACCAACAACAAUCUCCUCAAAUUCGCCCCCGUCCCAAGGAUCCCCAGAGACUCCGAAAUCAGGUUUUCUGCUUGCGCCGUUGUGGGACCGAAGAUCUACGUAAUCGGCGGACGCGUGAUCAGGACGAUUGAGGACCCACAGGGGAGGAGAUACGGGCCUUCCUCCGACGUGUGGAUCCUUGACUGCCGUUCCCACACGUGGGAGCGUGGGCCGAGCAUGCGGUCGCCGCGCGCCUUAGCCUCGGCGGCGGUCGUGGAUGGGAAAAUCUACGUGGUUGGGGGUACCCAGACGGCAUUAUGGGCUGAAGUGCUCGAUCCGACGGUAGGACGCUGGGAGGACAUUCCUGGCCCGCUUGACGGCACUGAUCCGGAGCUUUUCAACUUCCAAUUGGUGGAUGGUAAGAUCAGCAUCUGUUUGAACUCGGAUGAGUCGAACUUAAUAGAGUUUAGGUUGAAUACAACGACCAAGACGUGGGAAGUUGUUGGAAACGAGUUUUCACCUACUAGCGAUAUUUGCGUGGUGGAUGGGGUGUCGUAUAGCUCUUUCGGUCGUAAUGUAGGGAAGAUUGAAAGGUUUGAUGAGAAAAUCGGGGAGUGGAAAGAGCUCAAGGGUGUUGAGGAAGGGAAGCCCGAGUACGUGUUUGGUCAUCGUCAAACACUUAUCAAUCUGGACGGAAGAUUGGUCGUGCUUUUUGCAGAGAUGAGAUUGGAGGAGACAAUUGAUCCGAAAAUGGGAAAAGCUGGGUUAUGGUGUGCCGAAAUCGAUGUGACGGAGAACGGAGAUGGGGAUUGGUGGGGACGUGUUAAUUGGUCGGACAAGGUUGUUUUGCUUCCGGAAGUGACUUGGGAUACUCCGGGCGGGUAUGAGUUUUUCUAUUAUAAAGAGGGCUUGUCAGUCUCUUUAUGAGGACUGAAAACUCAUUUCUUGGAGUUGGCAUGCAAUACAAUUGAUGAUUUUUUAUUUCCAUAGCUUCUCUGCAAUCUGAUCAGUUUGUUGACUCUGACCCACCCUCGCUAGACUUCUAUCAAAAGCUAGUUUGGUUAACAAUGUGGAGGCCGGUUGUUGGGCCUAGACUCUUCUGUCUGUCUUUCUAGUUAAGCAAAAAACUGUCAGGGAACAGGUUUCAUAGCUGCUGAUGAACUGAGAAAUAAGAACUGUGGCAGAAGAAAGAGUAAGAAAUAAAGGGGAAGAAAGUGAGAGCAAAGCUCCCCUGCAAUCUAUCAGUUUGCCGACUCUGACCCUCCCAAGACUUCUAGCAAAAGCCAGUUCGGUUAACAAUAACGAAGCCGGUUGCCGGGCUUAGACUCUUCUGCACCAACUCUGUCUCUGUCUUUCUAGUUAACCCAAAAACUGUCAGGGAACAGUCUUGAUUCCACCUCCUUGACAACAAUUCAAGUUUCAAUGAGAAUCAAGAGGCAAACACUAAAGGAUCCAUUGCUUGUACCAGUUGGACCAAUUACAAGAGCACGGGCCAAGAGACUUAAAAGAAAUUGAGAAAAUAA